AAAGCCUUAACAGAAAUUAACAGCAACUGUAAUUAAAUUCCAACAUUUCUGAACUAGAAGCAUUUCCUCUCCGGGGGAUGAGAUUACAGGUUUGACAAUUUCUCUUAAUCUGAAAAAAUUUCAUCUCUCUACCUCCUUCCCUUACAUAGUCUGAUCAUUUUGUUUGACUGGAAAGUUGAAAGGAAGCAACACACCAGCUACAACACCCAAGUAGCGCUCCUCGGGGUAGAAGAGCGAAGUUCCAGGGCAGAGCCCUCCUCCACAGCCGGCGCUGCCGUCGCUCUCCGCUACCUGCUCAGCGGCCCGCCGCCUCUGAAGGUCUGCCCGCAGCGAAACAGUAGCGUCUCCAUCUGGCUGCCGACCCACCCAAGCUUUCUUCGCCUCCACCGCCGCCACCUUCCCUCCUCCUCCCCCUCCUUUCCGUCUUCCCUCUCCACCCCCGCCCCCAAUCUCCUCCUCUUUUUCUCACUACAAGCGGUUGCUGCUGCUGAAGCCGAGCGUCACUUCGGCUCCCACGGCAGACAUGGCGACAUUGACAGUGGUCCAGCCGCUCACUCUGGACAGAGAUGUUGCCAGAGCCAUUGAAUUACUGGAAAAACUACAGGAAUCUGGAGAAGUACCAGUGCACAAGCUACAGUCCCUUAAAAAAGUGCUUCAGAGUGAGUUUUGUACUGCUAUUCGAGAGGUAUAUCAAUAUAUGCAUGAAACAAUAACUGUUAAUGGCUGUCCCGAAUUCCGUGCCAGGGCCACAGCAAAGGCAACAGUUGCAGCUUUUGCUGCUAGCGAAGGCCACUCCCACCCUCGGGUAGUCGAACUGCCAAAGACUGAUGAAGGCCUGGGUUUUAACGUGAUGGGAGGAAAGGAGCAAAAUUCCCCCAUUUAUAUCUCCCGCAUCAUUCCUGGAGGGGUGGCCGAAAGACAUGGAGGCCUCAAAAGAGGAGACCAGCUGCUGUCAGUGAACGGAGUGAGCGUGGAAGGCGAACACCAUGAGAAAGCCGUGGAGCUCCUCAAGGCUGCUAAGGACAGUGUCAAGCUGGUGGUGCGAUACACCCCGAAAGUCCUGGAAGAAAUGGAGGCCCGCUUUGAAAAGCUGCGGACAGCCCGGCGUCGACAGCAGCAGCAACUGCUAAUUCAGCAGCAGCAACAGCAGCAGCAGCAACAAACACAGCAAAACCACAUGUCAUAGGUCCUUGAAGAAAAGCUGCUUGAUCAAACAUCUGGUAGUCACAAAUUUGAAACCAGGCUUCUGAAUCCCAGCACACAGUAAAAAGAAGACAACACUGAUAAUUGUACCUGUCAAGAGGCUGUGAACACGUGGUGUAUAAAUUCUUUACCAAGGCAACUCAACACCUUCUUUCUCUGGGGCUGCGCCCCCGCCGCUCACUGCCCUUUUCACACACAGACCUUCCAUUCACUGCAGUGGGGAUUCUCCGUGUCCGCUGAGAGGCUUUCCAGGCUGCAGACUGAAACAAUAUAAGAAUAAAGUCCAUGACAUUCAGAUAAAUCACUAGGGCCAGGAUUAAGCGAAUCUUGGAUCUAUAGCUUUUUCAAAGAUUAACAAAUCCCUCAUUAGGCUGUAGUUCAAACUGCAUCAGUUCAGUAUUGUCUCCACUUAAACCUACACAUUGCCCUGGACCCUGACCUAUUUCAUAUCCAUAUUGCUGAGUUGUCAGAAUUAGAAAUUCACUCACUUGCAAAGUCAACGUCUUUUCCCCUUUUGAAAACAAGUAAUUAUACUAUAUUUAUACUCUUUUCGGGUUCUUGAAGCAGUUGGCUUUUUAUUUUAUGUUUCCAUGAAUUUUAUUAUGCAUUAAUAGAGUGGAGCAAUGUAGCUCAGUUUUAGUUUGCUAGAAGCAAGGAUAGAAAACUCUAGUACUGUAUUUUUUUUAACUAAAGUAUUGCUCGUAUCUAUUAUGAAUUCUAACAGAAUAUAAUGUAUAUUUAUUCCACAAAAUAUAUAUUAUCAGAGUGUAUUUCUUUCCAGCUUAAGUCUUUUUCUUACCAAGUGUUAUGAACCUGGUAAGAGAAUAAUUAGCAAAGGACCUAGCUUCAUGAACUGAUCUUCAUAUGAUAUUUAUAUAUAACCCUGCUCUCAGUACUUUUUGUUUUAUAUUUUUGUUUGAUGAACUGUACAGAAAUCUAAGCUCUUUCCGCUUACAUGGAUGCACUGUCCUAGAAGGCUAUUUGAUAUUUUAAAACUGAUGGCUUAAAAAAAAACCCUAAAUUAUCAAACAUUUACGUAUAUAUGUAUUUGAUACAAAGUUUAGAUCAGUUUUCCCAAAAGGAUAUUUUUGGCAAUCUAAGGUUCAAAGUAUUAUCCCUUUUAAAAUUAGGCAUGUGUAAAAUCAGUCGUGUUAAUAUUGUGAAUGAAAACACACUGCUGCUGCUAGAGGGUGAAGACACUUCAUUACUCAGAUUCAUGUAGGUAAAUAGACAUGAGCUACUCAUCUUUCAGGAAGUACCAUUUACUGGAAAAUGAUCUGUUACAGCCACAUAUAUAGAUCAUAACUGUUGACUUACAGUAAAUCUAGGCACAUUAGUCUGAUUUUACUCUAUGGAAUGAAUAGGAAGCAAUAAUUAUUCAUGCACUUAAAUAGCUGAAGCACACAAGCAUACCUGAAAAAAGAAUAAAUGUCCAGUUGCAACAUUCUAGAUAGAUCAUGGAAACUGAGGCAAGUAUUUGAAUAUUCUUUUUUCUCAAAUGCAGAAAUUGAUUCCCCAAGAUACAGUAAAUUUCACAUUGCAAAUAGUCCUCCAAAUUAAAAAUGUAUAAAGCUCAGUUUAGGAACUCUUCCCUUGAAAAUAAAACUAAUCAGAAAUUACCCAGCACAUUUUAGUUUGCCCUCUCAGGGGGUAUUGUCAAUGUCAAGUUCUGCCUACUCUUCAUACUUCUAUCAUCCAAUAGAGAAUAAACAGCAAGGAAGCCAGGAGAUACACCAAUUUCAACAAGGUUCUGUUGUGGUAACGGAGUCUCAUCCUUGAAAACUUACUGCUUUUUACUGGAUAACGGGGUGGGGGGGGCAAAGGUGAGGACCCUGACUGUGACGUAAACAUAGGUUUGCAGAAGAGACAAGCAUGGCUAAAGGAGACGACUGGGACUGCUUGAGCACAUUCAGUUUAUAAGAGAUAGUUCUCAUUUUUAUAAAAAAGUAUAAUAAGACAUAUAUUUUAGUUAUCAUUUGACAAAAAAAUAUUAAAGCUAUUUGGGCAGUGCCACAGAUUCUCAGAAAGGGAGAUCAUUGAACCCUUGUAAUGAGAAAACGGUCAUUUCAACACAUUUUAAUACAUUGUAUAAAUUUGGAGCUUAAGGUGAGUAUGUUUUUAUUUAGCUGUGUUUGGUUAAUGUUAAAUUAUCACGUAUUCACAUCUAUAAAUAUUGUCACAGAAUUACAGAACAAUUAUCAAAUGAGCAGAUACCUUCCUUACAUUGGUGUUUUCUAGAAGUUUUUGUAUUUCUGUGCUUCAUUUGCAUAAUGUGAAGUACUAAUAAAUGUAUGCCAGGCCAUUUGUCACAGUGAAAGGACAACCCAUUACACCUAAGACAUCUAAGGACAGACAGAUUACUUGUCACAGUGAUCUGUGUGCAAAUGACCAAUCCAAUGGCCAGUUUUCUUCAGUGAAAUCUAUUUGUUAAAAUGUAAGUCUUCCCCUAAAGUUUUAAUCAAAAAUAACCAUUCCAAAGACUUAGAGAGGAUCCCUGUGGUUCUCUGGCUUCCCUGAAUCCAGAGGUAACAGAAGAAAUUACCACAACUUGUUUUAGUGCUCUUUAUAGUAAUGAUGAUAUUAGAACCAUUCACACGUCCAAAACCACACUAAAGACCUAUCAGUUGCUCUUAUAUGAAGCUCAAUCUUUAACAUAAUAAACAAACUUGAUAUUAAAAGUUAUGGGGGAAAAUCAGUUGUGAAUAUUCAGUGAUCCUGGUGAAUUUUUGUUCUUUCUCUUGGUCAGGUUGGUGGCUGGAGUUUUCUAAACUCUGCUGCUGUGAUUUUGAAGGCAAAUACAAGUACCAGAACCUUUUUAACGGGCAUUUGUAUUUUGAUUCUGGUACCAUUUCAAAUAGAAAUAGAAGAUCCUUGGGGAGAUAAUGAACUUAAACUACCAUUUACUUUGGAAAGAAUAACAAACUUUCUGUGCCUCAUCCUGUAAUCAAUAGGAAAUUCUCUCUGAAUUACCACUAUUUUGUAAGACAAUGCUAAGGUCUAAGUACAAAAUCCAGCAUUAGGGGGCUUCAAGGCUGUCUCUCAAGAACUUGCGUAGAGAUUAAUUGCACUGACAUACGAACGCAGUUUUCAACCAUGGCACAUCAAACAGGCCCAGUCUCAGUAUAUUUUACUCAGCUGUGCCUGUAGGACUCCAAGACAUUGUAAUGUUUUGUCGACAUUUUAAACCUCCGUAGAUAUUUGUGGAUGUGUGAAUAAUGCCUGAAUUCCUCCUAGCUAGUUUGUGUUUAUCAUACACACACAGCCUGUUAGAUCAUCUUGAGGCAGCAUUGUGAAGUAGAAAUCUAUGUUCCAAAGGUUCAGAAGGCAGAAUAAGGCUAAAUCUCUCCAAACUUGUCUUACUCACCUUGACCCUCUCUAGAUCCCAAGCUGAAUGAGAAAGGGCUGUGUGACUGGCUUGUGGGCUGGUGUAUCCUUAGCUCCUGAUUUAAUGUCUGGCACAAUGUAGGUGGUCAAUAUUUGUUAAAUGAAUGAAUGACAGAACAGGUGGAUACCCAAGUAAAUUUGCCUUCGGAUAACUGGAAUAUUUUACCAACUUAUACUAAUUAGGACAACAAUUUCUGAAUUUUAUAGUGAGAACUAGAAUUUAUUCCUUACAAAUACUUGCUAGAUAUAUGAGUUUGGAAUCAGUUACUUAAAAGGCUUCAAGGGUUUGAGGACACUUAGAUAGGAAUAAUGUUUUGGAGAUUCAGAGACUUUACAAGGAAUAAAACUCAGACUUUCUAGUUCUUUAUGAAAGCUCCUUGGCAAGGAUAAUCCAAACAUGGAACUCCAUUAAUAAAUUUUACAAACUAUAUUUUUAUCUUUAAAAAUGAUGUCACAUCAUUAAGCAUAUUAAUAUCCCCUUUGAUAUGUAUUAAUUUUUUUCUAAGGAGCUUAUAAUAAUUGGAGUUACCAUCUCCAAAUCUUGUCUUGCUUUUAAAAGAUCACUCACUCUCAUAUUUGAUUCCUAGAAUGUAUCUGAGUUUAAGAUUAAUGACAUUGCUAUGAAGACUUUUCCCUGUGUUUAUUCAUUUAACCAAUAUCGCAUACCUAAUAUGUACUAGGUGCUGGAAAUACAAUGGCAAACAAGACAGAGUGCCCUCGAGGAGCUUACUCAGAGGAACUCCUCAACACUACACCAGCCAUAACUAGAGUGUCCUUUCAUCAGGUCCCUUUUCACAGCUGAUAGAAGAAAUAAAAUCCCUAACCCCAUGGAAAUCACAGACUCUAUGCAUAUAUUUAUGAGCUUACUUUUCUAAACACACCACUGAAAAAUUCUGCUUAAUUUAGCUGUAUACUAUAGUUAUACCCCAACAAGGUACAUAAGUAAUAAUUUACUCAUAACUAACAUUUAGCUCUUACUAGGUUCUACUAUGCUCAGUACUUUAAAAGAUUAUCUCAUUGAAUCCCUUCAACAACUCAGUAGGUUCCAUUUUACAGGCAAGAAAACUGAAGCAGUGAUAUAUAUAUGACUUGUUCAAGGUCACACAGCUAGCAGAUGGAACUAGGAUUUGAACCCGUGCACUAAUGCAAGAGCUCAUAUGUCUAACCAUCAUCUGUGGCUUGGGAAACACCAUUACAUUAAAAUAAAUGAAUCACUGUAUAUAAAAUUACUUUGGAAGUAUAAAGUAGCAUACAGUAUUAACAGUCAGUAAACCACAUCAGUGGCAGAAACAGGAUGCAAUCUAUAUUGUAGCUUUCUCUCAUGAAGAACACUCAAGCCAGGAACAUGGAUGGAUAAAAGUACAUAUCCAGAAUAUUUGACAUGUGAUAAAACAUUCUGAUGACUUUGCAGAAUUAUUUGUUGUAAGCCACUGUGUCUAUUUGGUGCUAAAAAAAAACCUGAAAGAAAAACCCUUGCUGUAAGGGCUUAUAAUAAAUACACAGUGUGAAGAUGGACCAAGGAUAUUUCACAUUUAUGGGAAGAAAUUGGGCAGUAGUACUAUUUUCUCACCAUUGCAUGUGAUUGUCUUUCCCAUUGUCUUUAUUAUUUUUCUGAAAGAGCUGCAAAAUUGUGCAGUGGUUCAACUUGACCAAAGUGGUAUUAUGCUGCUGGGAAGUAAAAAUAUUAAACACCA